UGUUCAUUCAAAACGUCGAGAUUCAACAAACUACACGGUAAAAUAUGGGGGAAGAUUCAUUAAAUAAGAAAACAUUGGAAAAUAAAGUUUUAUCAUUAGAAACAAAAUUAAAUGAACUUACGGAAAAACAAAAAACACUUCAAGCAACUUUAAAAAAUCCUGAUGCAACAAGUACUGUUAAACAACAUAUUAUGCUUCUUCAUAAAUAUAAUGAGAUACGUGAUGUUGCAUUAGGGUUAAUGGGAAAAAUUGCAGAACAAGAACAUUGUCGACUCGUUGAUGUAAUGGAUAGAUUUGGUAUUACCAAAGAUGAUUAAUAUUGAUUUAAAAAAAGGCUUUUUUAAACAUUUUGCUGUUGUUCAAUAGGG